AUGAACCUCGUGAUGGGGAAGUGGAAUCCGAGAAGAAAGGACAACACCACCCAGAGCCUCACAUCUCUGUAUCGUUUCCUUUUACAGCAGAUCACCAGCCCCCCUCAGCGAAUUCAAGAAUAUUCGCUGAGGCUGGAUGGAAGAAGCGGCAGGGACGCCAAACUCAAAAACCUCCCCGAUGAGAUUGAAACCACCUUGAUCGAUUUUGCUGACGAUAUGAUGGGAUACGGGUACGACGAACUGCUACCAGGCGCGGUUGUGGAUUUUGAAAACUCGGAGUAA